GUUGCUCUAGAUCCGUUCAUCCUGGUGGUUUUGUGAGGUCGAAAGCGGCGAGCGAAUUAGAAGAUGCUGGACAAGCUGUGGGACGACGUGGUGGCCGGGCCUCGCCCGGAGACGGGCCUCGAGAAGCUCCGCAAGGCCACCACCGCCCGCCCGCUCGUCAUCAACAAAGACGCGGACGGCGGCAGCUACAAGCGGGCGCAGUCGAUGCCGUCGACCCCGACGACGCCGGUGACGCCGUCGUCGUCGUCGUCGUCGACGACGCCGCGCGGCGCCGGCAACGUGUGGCGCAGCGUCUUCCACCCGGGGAGCAACCUGGCCACCAAGGGCAUGGGCGCCAACCUCUUCGACCGGCCGCAGCCCAACUCCCCCACCGUCUACGACUGGCUCUACAGCGACGAGACCAGGAGCAACCACCGCUAGAUCGGGCGAGAUGGAUGGACAGUGAAGAGGCCAUGUUUGCUGGUCCUUGUGGUUAUCUAAAACGCACGCAUGCUCUAUUAUAGCUAGUCAUCACUAUAUAUAUACUUGUGUUUGUGUAUUGUUGUUCUUGUUCUGCUGGUGUCUCCGCCGUUUAAUUUGACCUAUGUUAUGGAGUGAGUGAUAUAUGUGCCGUCACUCCUAGUAUAUAGUAGUGAGUGACUAGUUGGUAUGUGUAGUACUGUACUAUCUUUUCUCCAUAUGCAUGUUUUGCCAGCGCGUAAUGAAUGUAAUGUCAGUACUGCUACUACGUGCUCUGCUACUUCCAAUUCAGUUUCCUUAAUCUUGAUGCAUAA